AUGGCCUCAGUCCCUCCCAGCUGGCGCACUCGUGCCUUGUCCUGGAUGGGCUUGCAUCCCAGGAGGGGCUUGGCCCGGUGCUGGCUGCUGAGAGCCGAGUUCCGCCUGCUGCUUCACUCAGUGCCUCGCUCCCUGCCACUGUGGCUGCUUCUGCCGCUGCUGGCCUCCCUCCUGCCCUCAGCCUGGCCAGCCAGCCCCCUCCCCCGGGAGGAGGAGAUCGUGUUUCCAGAGAGGCUCAAUGGCAGUGUCCUGCCUGGCUCAGGCUCCCCUGCCAGACUGUUAUACCGCUUGCCAGCCUUUGGAGAGAUGCUACUACUUGAGCUGGAGCAGGACCCAGGAGUGCAGGUCGAGGGGCUGACCGUACAGUACCUGGGCCAAGCACCUGAGCUGCUGGGUGGAGCAGAGCCAGGUACCUACCUGACAGGCACCAUCAAUGGAGAUCCGGAGUCAGUGGCAUCUCUGCACUGGGAUGGCAGAGCCCUUCUAGGGGUAUUGCAGUACCGAGGAGCUGAACUCCACCUUCAGCCCCUGGAGGGAAGCACUCUUAACUCUGCUGGGGGGCCUGGAGCUCACAUCUUACGCCGGAAAAGUCCUGCCAGUGACCAGGGGCCCAUGUGCAGUGUCAAGGCUCCUCUUGGGAGUCCCAGCCCCAGUCCCCGAAGAGCCAAGCGUUUUGCUUCACUAAGUAGAUUUGUGGAGACCCUGGUGGUGGCAGAUGACAAGAUGGCAGCAUUUCAUGGUGCAGGACUAAAACGCUACCUGCUGACAGUUAUGGCAGCAGCAGCCAAGGCCUUCAAGCAUCCAAGCAUUCGCAACCCUGUCAGCUUGGUGGUGACUCGGCUAGUGAUUCUGGGGUCCGGUGAGGAAGGACCCCAAGUGGGACCCAGUGCAGCCCAGACCCUACGCAGCUUCUGUGCUUGGCAGCGGGGCCUCAACACUCCUGAGGACUCGGACCCUGACCACUUUGACACAGCCAUUUUGUUUACUCGUCAGGAUCUGUGUGGGGUCUCCACUUGUGAUACACUGGGUAUGGCUGAUGUGGGCACUGUGUGUGACCCAGCUCGGAGCUGUGCUAUUGUGGAGGAUGAUGGGCUCCAGUCAGCCUUCACUGCUGCUCAUGAACUGGGCCAUGUCUUCAACAUGCUCCAUGACAACUCCAAGCAAUGUGUCAGUUGGAAUGGGCAUGGGAGCACCUCUCGCCAUGUCAUGGCUCCUGUCAUGGCUCAUGUGGAUCCCGAGGAGCUGUGGUCUCCAUGCAGUGCCCGCUUUAUCACCAACUUCCUGGACGAUGGCUAUGGACACUGUCUCUUAGACAAGCCAGAGGCCCCCUUGCAUCUGCCUGUGACUUUUCCUGGCAAGGACUAUGAUGCUGACCGCCAGUGCCAACUGACCUUCGGGCCUGACUCCCACCAUUGUCCACAGCUGCCACCACCCUGUGCUGCUCUCUGGUGCUCUGGCCACCUCAAUGGCCAUGCUAUGUGCCAGACCAAGCACUCGCCCUGGGCUGAUGGUACCCCCUGUGGACCCGCACAGGCCUGCAUGGGUGGCCGCUGUCUCCACGUGGACCAGCUUAAGGACUUCAAUGUUCCACAGGCCGGUGGCUGGGGGGCCUGGGGACCUUGGGGUGACUGCUCUCGGAGUUGUGGGGGUGGUGUCCAAUUCUCAUCUCGAGACUGCACAAAGCCUGUGCCCCGGAAUGGUGGCAAGUACUGUGAAGGCCGUCGUACCCGUUUCCGCUCCUGCAACACAAAGAACUGCCCAACAGGCACAGCACUGACCUUCCGUGAGGAGCAAUGUGCUGCCUAUAAUCACCGCACUGACCUCUUCAAGAGCUUCCCAGGGCCCAUGGACUGGGUCCCUCGCUACGCAGGUGUAGCCCCCCAGGACCAAUGCAAACUCACCUGCCAGGCCCGGGCACUGGGCUACUACUAUGUGCUGGAACCAAGGGUAGUAGAUGGAACCCCCUGCUCUCCAGACAGCACCUCAGUCUGUGUCCAGGGCCGCUGCAUCCAUGCUGGCUGUGAUCGCAUCAUUGGCUCCAAAAAGAAGUUUGACAAGUGUAUGGUGUGUGGUGGGGAUGGUUCUGGCUGCAGCAAGCAGUCAGGCUCCUUCAGAAAAUUCAGGUAUGGAUACAACAGUGUGGUCACUAUUCCUGCUGGGGCCACUCAUAUCCUUGUCCGGCAGCAGGGAGGCCCUAGUGUCCGGAGCAUCUACCUGGCCCUGAAGCUCCCAGAUGGCUCCUAUGCUCUAAAUGGAGAAUACACACUGAUGCCCUCAGCCACAGAUGUGGUACUGCCUGGGGCAGUCAGCCUGCGCUACAGUGGGGCCACUGCAACCUCUGAGACACUGUCAGGCCAUGGGCCACUUGCUCAGCCUUUGACGCUGCAAGUCCUGGUAGCUGGCAACCCACAGAAUGCACGCCUCCGAUAUAGCUUCUUCAUUCCUCGGCCAGCCCUUUCAACACCACGUCCCCCUCCCCAGGACUGGCUGCACCAAAGAGCACAGAUCCUGGAGAUACUUCGGCGACGCCCCUGGGCAGGCAGGAAAUAACCUCUCCAUCCCGGCUGCCCUUUCUGGGCACCCGGGCCUCAUACUCAGCAGGGAGAAUGAGGGGGCUUCUGCAGCUGUCUCAGGCUCAGAUACAGUGGGGAGGAGCAAUGGGAAUGAGCCCUACCCUUCCUCUCUGUCCUAAAGAGCAGGCUGGUCCUGCCCAGGUUUCCUGCCCAGGGAAGCAGUGAUGGGUUGGUGGAUGGAAGGGGCUAGCAGACAGUCCCCUAUGUAAACUUCCCCCUCAGCCUUGCUGGUCACAGGAGGGAGGGGGAGAGGAAGAUGGGUCCUGAGCCCCAUUUGUAUUUAUUAUUUAUUCAUUUUUAUUUAGCACCUGGGAAGGGGAUAAGGACUAGAGUCCUAGGAAAAUGGAUUCCUACCCCUUAUAGCCCCAUCCUGGCUAGGAAACCUAGGGAGAAAAUGAUAAGUAUAAAUGGUU